AUAAUGUCUGUGCUCGGAAAGAAUAAAGAGAUUAAUUAACCUAAAAAGAUAAGGAUCGCCGGUAGAUGAGCCCUAUUCGUUCCCAAAUUGUAAAAUAAAAUUCGAACUCUCCCCAAGAAAACCGACUUCCCACGACCCUGUUGAUGCAAAAGGCUACUGACUCUACAGUCGGGAGUUCCCCCAGGUGAAGAAGAGUUGGGAUUUUUAAGUCUAAUCUACUUCGUUUACUUUUUAUCCCAUUUGCCUCUUCUUAUUCGUUUUAUCGUAGACGUUCUGGCCAAAUAAGCAUCGACUAUGGAUAAUUCCCAAGACCAACCACUUCCUCCUGGUGUCCAUUUCUUGCCAAACUAUUCUUCUGCGGUUCCAUCAGUCCCAUUCCCUCCUCAACAUGGUGAUAUUACCGUCAGACCUCAGUAUCACCCUAACUAUUCUGGAAAUUACCUCUUCCCCUCUUCUAAUUCCACCUUCACUCCUAAUCAAGGCUCAUAUCUCCAUAAUAGUCCAUCAACUCAAUACAAAUUUUCUCCAAAUGCUCCUGAUUUUUCAGGUCAAAUUCCCCAAAACUCUCAAACUGACAAUGCUCUUCAAUCGAGUUUAACCCAACAAGACGCUGACCUCAUUGCACAGCAACCACAAGACCAAGACACAGCAGUUGAGAAAAUUCUCUUGCAUAAAGAUCGUACAAUACCUCAACAAACGGGUCAUUUCGAUGGAAAUAGUAAUGACUCUACUGGCUACUCCAGACUUCAUGUUGAAAAUGCCAGGGACAUUGAAACUGCUGCUCAGGAUGCUGUUUUGCGUGAACAGGAAAUCGCCACCCAAAACAUCAUACAACAUCACAGAGAAGCAAGAGGCUUCAGUGGACCUUCUGAGGAUGGUAAAGACAUUUUUUCUGAACGUCGUGACCCCAAUGCUCUAAAGGAACAUCUAUUGAAGAUGACUUCACAACAUCGUGCUGAAAUGGCUGUAAAGCGGGGGAAGUCUACUGUGCAUGAAGAAGGUAAUUUAGAAAUUGGAAACGGGUAUGGUGUACCUGGUGGAGGUGCUUAUUAUGGUGCUCCAAAGCCUAAUACUGAUAACCCCAGUAAAUCUAGCAAAUUGCCUGAUUACCUUAAGCAGAAGUUGCGAGCAAGGGGUAUUCUUAAAGAAGAUACAGAAAAAGGCUCUCCAAAGUCGGAGACUGGUUCAACUCAACUUGUGGAUAAUGGAAAGUUGCCUUCCAAAUGGGUGGAGGUAAAAGACCCUGCUAGUGGUGCUUCAUAUUAUUACAAUAAGAGUACUGGGAAGAGUCAGUGGGAAAAGCCGGUUGAAACACCUCCUAUUAGACAACAUCCAUUGCCUUUAUCUAUUCCUAUUCCAGAAGGUUGGAUAGAGGCUUUGGAUGAAACAACAGGUCAUAAAUAUUAUUAUAAUACAAAGACCCACAUAUCACAAUGGGAGCGUCCUGAUUCAUCACUGCAGGUUUCUUUGCAACAUUCUGACAGCAUAGUCCCCAGAAGUGCCCCUGAUGCAAAGCAGGAUGAUCAGUCAUCCCAAGAAAAUAGAUGCUUCGGAUGUGGUGGCUGUGGAGUAGGCCUUGUCCGGAUGUCGGGUUACUGCAGUCAUUGCACUGGAAAUGCAGCUAAUUCGAUUUGGAAUGAUCAAUCAUCUGAGCUAAUAAAGUGCAUGGGGUGCGGAGGUUGGGGAGUAGGCCUUGUGCAGAUGUGGGGUUACUGCAAUCAUUGCACAAGAGUUCUCAAUCUUCCACAAUGCCAGUACUUGUCUUCCAGUAAUUCUGCAAGCACCAAAGAAGAUUCUGACAAAAAGGCUUCUAAACAAAGGUCCAAUGGGAAACCUCCAGUUGGAAAAGGAAAUAGAAGAGGAAGCAGGAAACGUGAUUAUACUGAGGAUGAUGAGUUGGAUCCCAUGGACCCAAGCUCUUAUUCUGAUGCUCCUCGUGGUGGCUGGGUUGUAGGCCUAAAAGGAGUGCAGCCACGGGCAGCUGAUACCACUGCCACAGGUCCUCUCUUUCAACAGCGUCCAUACCCAUCACCGGGUGCAGUAUUGCGGAAAAAUGCUGAAAUUGCUUCACAAACUAAGAAAGUCGGCUCCCAUUUCGCACCUAUAUCCAAGAAAGGGGACGGGAGUGAUGGACUCGGUGAUGCAGAUUGACAUCAUAAUGUCAGUGUAGUAAACUUCGUAUUUUUGUUACUGUUGUAAUCAGCGAAGUGGAGGCAGGUUGUGUACUGCAUUUUUCUUGUCCGUCUCUGAGCAUUCCAGAUCUUAUCAAUAUGUAGAAGAAUGUUUACGAGUCUGCCCCUCCAGCAUUCUGGAAAUCUAUGAGUUGCAAAUCUAUGAGUUUCAUUGAUUCUCCAAGUGUGGCCUGCAUCGAACUGCUGCCAGUUGGGUGAAUUUUUUUGGGGAACUAAGCCCGUCUUUCGCAUCUUGCUGAGUUGGGCAGAUAGAAAAGGAAGGAAAAUGAAAUGGCAUUUAGUAAUUAGUAUGUUCUUGCUUUUAACAAAGUUUUCUGUUUUAUCUUCAUAUAGGUGUUGGAAAUUAGAAUUCAAAUGGCAGCUUAGAUGAUUCUUGAACUGCUAGUCUAAAUAUUUGAUUUAUUCA